AGAUGUUCGACUAAGAUUUCAUACACCAGUACAGGACCUUAAAUACCUUGAUUAAGGAAGGGUAUGCUUUUGCAAUUUCAACACAAUGGUACUUAUUUGAAAUCAUCCUCAGGUUUAGAUAAUUUAAUAAUUACUUAUAAAAUCCAAAUGGAGUUAAUAUUAGUAAAAUUGGAGAGAUUAACAACCAAAAUAUAUGUGAUCUCAAUCAUGCCUUUUAACCAAACGUAGAUGGAUAUUCAAUACCAUAAUAACAUAGUAUGACAUUCUCACGAAUUUAUUAAUUGAAAUCUAAUGUUAAGUAUGGUUAGGAUUACGAAAUUAUUUCAAUAGAGAUUUGGAGCUUUCUCAAAUUGUAUUAUAGCGCAGGUAUACAAUAUGACGAAAAAUGAAUCUAGAUUAUGAGGUGAUUGUGUUUGUUACUCAAAUUCUCCCAAACUUAACAAAUUAUUUUACUUGUGAAAAUUUAGAUUAAGGUGUUUGCAUUUGCACUGAAGUGUUUUACCUUGUAUUGGUGGUUGUACAGCCACAUGAUAAGGGUCUAAUGAUGGCCAUAAAAGUGCCAGCUUGUCCUUGGAUCAAAUUUGAUAAAUUUAGAAAGUACAUCUACGAUAUGUUAGAACACAAAAUCAAUCUCAAAACAUUCAAUAACAAAGCGCAUAUGUAUUACAAUGGCAAAAAGGUGCCUUUCAAAGGCAACAAGACCUUACAAGAAAUGGAAAUAACGAAGGAAAUGCAAAUAAUGAUUUCAUGUUAAAGUCUGAUCAAUGGAGACGUAGAGGAGGAAAUAGAAACCGACGAAGAUGAAGAUGAUUAAGAAAUUGAAAAAAGUAAAAUAGCAAUCACUAAUAGAUUUACAUACCAAACAAGAGUUCUUAUAAAUUUUAGAAUAAGCUUUGAACUAGCAAUCAACUGAAUUGCUAACCCUUAAAUCUAUCGAAGAAAUAUAGCAAUGUCUAGAGUAAAAUGAUUUCUUUUAAAUUUGAAUUUAAUUAAUAAAUAAAUAUCCAUAGCAG